AUGUACACUGAUCAUCAGGGCACUGAUGAUCAGUGCCCUGAUGAUCAGUGUAGCCCAAUCAGUGCCCUUUCAGUGAAUACCACCUGUCAGUGCCACAUCAAUGCCACAUAUCAGUGCCUACCGGUGCCCAUCAAUGCCACAUAUCAGUGCCCAUCUGAGCUGCCUUUUAGUGCCAACUAUUAGUGCCAGUCAGUGCCACCUAUCAGUGCCAUAUAUGAGUUCUGCCUUUCAGUGCCCAUCAGUGAUGCCUGUCAAUGCCCAUCGGUGCCACCUACCAGUGCCCAUCAUCAGUGCCGCCUAUCAGUGCCCAUUAGUACUGCCUAUCCAUGCCACCUCAUCAGUGCUACCUAUCAGUGAAGCCUCAUCAAUGCACAUCAGU